GGAGGAGGCGCCUCUCGGGCUACAGAAAUGGCAUAGACUUUCAUCUCUAAAUGAGCUAAACUAAGACUUGUUGAUGUUGAAAAGAUGCUGGAUGUUGGGAAAUGGCCAAUAUUUGCUCUCCGCUCUCAAGAGGAGUUGAAGUUAAUUCGCCAGGCCUGUGUAUUUGGCAGUGCAGGCAAUGAAGUACUUUAUGCAACUGAAAAUGAUGAGGUUUUUGCGCUUGGCACUAACUGCAGUGGUUGUUUGGGAAUCGGUGACACACAGAGCAGCAUUGAACCUCGAAGGUUAGAUACUUUAUGUGGCAAAAAACUAGCCUGCCUCAGCUAUGGAAGUGGCCCGCAUGUUGUUGCUGCUACCACUGAAGGAGAAGUAUAUACUUGGGGACACAAUGCUUAUAGUCAACUGGGAAAUGGAACAACCAACCAUAGUUUAGUUCCUUGCCAAAUCUCUACCAACUUGUUAAAUAAAAAAGUGAUUGAAGUUGCCUGUGGCUCACAUCAUUCAAUGGUUUUAACAUCUGAUGGAGAGGUUUAUACAUGGGGCUACAACAAUUCAGGGCAAGUUGGAUCUGGCUCAACAGCCAACCAGCCAAUACCACGGAGAGUCACUAGCUGCUUACAAAGCAAGAUUGCAAUUAACAUUGCUUGUGGCCAGAUGUGCUCAAUGGCGGUGGUAGAAAAUGGGGAGGUUUAUGUCUGGGGAUACAAUGGCAAUGGCCAGCUUGGAUUGGGCAAUAGCGGCAAUCAACCAACACCUUGCAGAAUAGCAGCUCUUCAAGGCAUCCGUGUGCAGCGGGUUGCCUGUGGCUAUGCACAUACCUUGGUGCUAACAGACGAAGGUCAGCUGUAUGCCUGGGGAGCAAAUUCCUAUGGCCAGUUAGGCACUGGGAAUAGAGGGAACCAGUCCUACCCUGCUCCUGUUCCUGUGGAUAAAGACAGAGUCGUAGAGAUUGCUGCAUGUCACUCUGCUCACACUUCUGCUGCUAAAACCCAGGGUGGCCAAGUGUACAUGUGGGGUCAGUGCCGGGGACAGUCUCUCACUCUGCCACAUCUCACCCACUUUGUCUGCACGGAUGAUGUGUUUGCUUGUUUUGCUACUCCUGCAGUGACUUGGCGUCUCCUCUCAGUGGAGCCUGAUGACCACUUAACAGUAGCUCAGUCAAUAAAGAAGGAAUUUGACAGUCCAGAUAAUGCAGAUGUGAGAUUUCAAGUGGAUGGAAAAUACAUUCACGUUCAUAAAGUCCUUCUCAAAAUUAGGUGUGAGCACUUCCGUUCAGUACUAAACAACAAUAAUGAUGAAAUUAUAGAAAUAAGUGAAUUCUCAUAUCCCGUUUACCGAGCCUUUCUGGAAUACCUCUACACAGACAGCAUCAGUCUUCCUCCUGAAGAUGCAGUAGGUCUGCUGGACCUCGCAACCUUCUACCGAGAAAAUAGACUGAAAAAGCUUUGCCAGCAAACAAUCAAGCAGGGAAUUUCCGAGGAGAAUGCAAUCGCCCUUCUUUCCGCUGCAGUCAAGUAUGAAGCAAAGGAAUUAGAGGAAUUUUGCUUUCGGUUUUGCAUAAACCACUUGACUGUAGUUACUCAGACUUCAGGCUUUGCAGAAAUGGACCAUGAUCUUCUGAAGAACUUCAUUAGCAAAGCCAGCCAAGUGGGAGCAUUUAAAAACUGAAGGAAGGGCAGUUGCAGAAAAUCAAGGUAUUUUCAGAAGGGAUACUUGCGAAGUGCUGAAAAGAGAGUACAUCUCAUGAAUGUAGUUUGGCUCUCAAAACACAGCCACUAACUUCAUGGAGUAAAAAAGGCAGCGGGACUCUCACGGCACCCCCCACCCACCCCGGGGAUAUUGUUGCAUCUUCUUUUAUGUCACUUGUUCAGCUUUGAAAAACCUUGCAGAAAUGCUGUUUGGCAGUUUGCAUUGGCAGCAUUCAGGAAUCAAUGUGCUGCCCUAGUAAGGGA